AUGUUUGAUAUGACCGAAUUCCAACACUCUACAUGGAACAUCAUUUUUAUUACAGCAGCUGCUAUCUUAAUCAGCUACAUUGCUAUUGUUAGAAGACUGAGAUACCGCCGCAGGGCAAAAAUUGAGGCUCCAUUUGGGCCUGGCAAGAGAAAUUUGUCUAGUAUGACCACCAAAGAGGCACAUUCAAUUAUUACUGAAUUGCAAGAGCUUGAAUUUCCUUACGCUUUUUCCAAGGCCCGGAGAAUUGCCCUGCUCAAGGCCGGAGGCAUCCCAACUAUGUCUAAGCUUUUUGCGGUCACAGGACAGAAUAAUAGAAGGAAUGCGGGGAAAAGAUCUGUCGAUACCGAGAUUCUCCUACGUGAGUCUCAAUCUCAGCCCAGAGAUUCUGAUCGCUAUAUGACAGCCGUCGCAAGAAUGAAUUACCUUCAUGACCGUUAUAGACGUGCAAACAAGAUAACUGAUCAAGACCUCCUGCACACCUUGGGCGAUGGUCUCGCCGAGAUUCUCAACGUCAUUGAAAGAGAGGAAUGGCGCAACCUAACAGAUGUUGAGAAAUGUGCCCUUGGUAUUUUCCAUAAGAAUCUUGGAGAGGACAUGGGAAUACCUUUCGAUCCCCUCCCUUCACAAGCCGAAGGUUGGAAAGAUGGUCUGCACUUCGGGCUGGAGUUACAAGAGUGGACUGUUGGCUAUGAAGAAGAGGUUGCAAAACCCACGGCGACAAAUGACCAGUAUGUCAGGGUUUAUGUUGACUCGGCAUUAUCAUCACUCCCUAGGUUCGCGAGAAGCCUUGUAAGACAAAUUCUGGGUGCCGACCUGGAUGAUUCCCCUAGUCUACCCUUUUCUAUAGUGCUCUCCGUUAUCCGAAACCUGCGCAAAUUGUUGUUACGAAAUCUGACCCUUCCUCGAUCUGACUCGGCUGCAGUCAAAUUGGUGCAUGGGAUGCCAAACCCAGAAACAAACCUGUACAAUUUUGAAAGAAAAGGACUUCAGCCAUGGUAUAUCAAGCCAACAUUCUGGUCCAAAUGGGGCCCGGGCUCUUUCAUGGUCAGAGUCUUUGGGGGAAAGGUUCCAGGCUCAAACGGCAAUCGUUACCAGCCACGGGGUUACGAUUUAAUGGCCAUCGGACCGGAUCCACAGAAAGGAAGGGGAAUGGAAGAGAUGAAAUCUGAUAUUGAGGCAAUCAGAGCGAGAGGCGUAGCUACCUGCCCCUUUUCUCAAGCAAAGACAGGCGGAUUGAAGGGAGCCUUCUGA